GACUGCCAAAGCAGACUCCCCCUGCAUUAACUGGGUCUUCAGGGUCAGAAGGCAGAUUAGGCCCCUCUGAGUUUGCAAUGAUUUUUUUUUUUUUAAUUAUUAUUAUUCUUCUUAAGGUGCAAGUAAACCCCUAGGGUCCCCAGAGUCUGAUCGGCAGCAUCAGAGGAAUGCCAGCCAACUUGCCCAGCUCACUAUGGAGAAGUUUGCUUUUGGCCUUCUUGGGAGAAGGACUGCCCAACUCGGUAGGUGAGGAGCUCCCACUGGGUGAUUGAUGCCUUCUCCCCUUCGUGGAUCUCUUACUCCUCUUAGGGGGCCUAACCUGGUAGAUGGUGCCAAUGACUGCAUUGCGAAACCAUGCUUGCUACUCAGGUGGCGGCACAGACUUCGGUAGAACAGCAGAGUUAGAACUGGAGGCUUCUUGAGGCCCCGUCUCUGCAGCAGACUCCCCCUGCUGGCCAAACACCAUCAUCACAGUCCUAGGCUUUUCCCGCCCUUUUAGAGACUGUCUCCCUUUUACAUUACCAGCUCCUUUGGGUAAAAUGGAGGGAUUCUUCGCAACCGUCGCCAUCUUAGGAAGGGCAGGAGAUGCCUGUGAUGGCCUCGCUGCCCUGCCAGUCAGGUUGCUAGCCAGCUCGCCAAUCCGCCUAAUCUCCUCAGAGGUUGGUGGGGCGUUGGCAAUAGGGAGCCUCUCAAAACGCUCUUCACAGCCACUUCAAGCUGAUUCCCCUGAAAGUUCUGGAGAAUGCCCUGAAAUAGCUUUUCUAACUGCUUUAGUGGCUUUAAUUGGUAGACAGUAUCUACUAUGGCACUCUUUAGCCCUGCUUGCCACUCGGGCGGGACCUGUUUAGGAAUCGCCACAGAAACAUUCCUCUCAGAGGUCCCUGCACCCCCCAUACGUUGAUCAGAUCUCACCACCGUCUGUUGAGGUUUGGGGUUUUUUUUUUGUUUUGUGUGUAUAUAUAUAUAUAUAUAUAUAUAUAUAUAUAUAUAUAUAUAUAUGGAACACAAAGGAACUGAACUAAAGAAAGAGACAGGAGGUAAAGCAGCGGAAUGCUCCCUCCUUAGCAAGGCCCAUUUUUCACCGCUCAGUGGCGGGAACAAACUGAGGCCCUCUCGCUCCGUCCGCUCGGACGGUCUUUCGGCUGCUGAGGUAGGAUCGGGGAGGCAAACGGCCGGUGACACGGAGGGACUCUACACCCAAGCGAAGCUGCUCUGUUAAUCUCUCAACGUUGCCCGCUCUGCCGCUGAGCUGCGCGUUGAGCGCCUGGGGUGAUCAAGCGGCCUCGUCCGUCGUGCUCGCGAACUCGCAGCCCGAGGGGGGCGCGAUCGAACGCGGAGCCUCUCCAACUGCCUGCUCGGACGGAGACCAGUCCGCCGAGACUGGGGCAGGGAGGAUCUGAGAGCUGGCCGGAGCGAGCGAAACUGCCGACGGAGGAGGGUCACCGGGAAGCCUUGAGUGCUUUGGAAAGCGUGCGGAUGGGCGUCACGCCAGGACUAGAACGUUUAGCCUCCUUCCCUGCCUGUUAAAAACUCUAUCUACGUGCUCCAUACACAGAUGGAAAGGACAGGGGGAGGGGGGAGGGGGGAGGAUGGGUAAGAGUAACACGAAGGAAAAGAGUUGACUAACCGAAUACAGACGCUGGUGAUUGACUUGGCUCCACUUUUCCCCGUCGGUGUUUUUGGGCAGAUUCGAACUCGCAUCAAAGCCUGCUGUCUGGGAAAGUGCCUGGAGAAGUAGUGGAGUGGCCACCUUCUAAGCUCAGAAGUGGGGGUCUCCUAGAAGAGGGAGGGAAAUUGUCCUCUCUUCCUCCUGAGAGCAAGAUGAGCACCUAUGGCUUGAAAAGAGAAGGAAGGAAGCAGAUUUAGGCCAGGCAUUCGGAAGUUGCUAACAGGGAGAAGAGUUGGCCAGUGGAACAGCCUCCCUGGUGCAGUGGUGGGCUUCUCUUCCCCGCAGGAUCCAAGCGUAGGCUGGACAGGCAUCUGCCCGCAAUGUUGUAGCCCUAUGCAGUGGGUAGACUGGGAGAUCUUAAGAGUCCCUUCCAGCUCUCACAUUCUAGGAUUCUAGCCAUCUGGGUGACCUGUAGAUUUGUGCUCCUUGGGCAUACCCUACCAUCACUGCACAAGGCCAUCCUUGCAAAGGAAGGGAGAUGGAUAGAGAGAUUUGUUUCGGUCAUUGACCAGCAAAAAUAAACAAACAACAGCCAACAAUCAUAUCAAAGAGUGAGCCUUACAAAAUUGACAAACUUCGUAGUAACACUUGGCCACGUUCCAAGACACGGUGUCUUUAAAACUUGACAGCACGUAACAUUUUAGAUAAAACUCAUUGGGCUGGCCCAGAAAUUCCAUUAAAGACGAAGAAGGAAAAUUGAUUCGAAUAUGCUUGUAAAAUGUGCAGUAAAGUCAAAGGUGUGCGGUGGUUUCUAUGUCUCCCGAGCCAGAAGGGCCGAGGCGGGCUGAGUGUGGUCGUUUUGUGAACGUCCCCUCUAGAACUGCGGUGGGGACUGCAUUUAGGGUCCUGGCUCUUUGGGAUUUUCCUGUUGUUAAGCUGAUUAGGUAUUCAGCAGGUUUUACGUUUGAAAACUGAUUACCUAUACAAAUCCCCCUGGUCAGUUUAGCUGACUCUUCUUGCAAUUCUAUAUCAAAUGCACGCUGCUUGAUGACCCGUAUCACUUGGUCAUACCGCAUCCUGAUCAGCUCCUGCUGGGAAAGGCCAUAAGAUUGUAGCUUUUGUCUUAACGCCACUUUCCAUCUCAAAUACAUACAUAAAUACCAUACAAUAUACAAAGGAGAGGAGAGCUGAUCUUGUGGUAGCAAGCAUGACUGGUCCCCUUAGCUAAGCAGGGUCCGUGCUGGUUGCAUAUGAAUGGGAGACUUCAUGUGUGAGCACCAUAAGAUAUUCCCCUCAGGGGAUGGAGCAUCUCUGGGAAGAACAUCCAGACAAAAGCAUCGUCUGCAGCGAAUAACGGUGUUUGGUAGACAUGGCAUGGAUUUUUCCCAGCUGCUGUUUCCUGGGCUCCACCAGGGUCAGAACCCCUGAGAAAUCCACAGCCAGUCCACAGUGGAGGGGAUCUUUGGGUCCUCACUUCCUUUCUCUGAUAGCCUUUCUCCAGUUUGUGUCCAAGGAUGCUCUGCUAUGUCCGUAUUUCCCAGCGACAUCGACACGGAGCCUUUCUUCCCAUUUUGCCAAGUGAACCUCACCACAUUGGCUCAGCUUCAGAGGACCUUCUCCUUAUGAAUCUGCUCCAUUUAGAUUCCAUUUGGGAGGUCUUGAUUUCACUUUUCCUGCUUCAUCUGCUGAUCACCGAGAAGGCCAACUCAAUCCUUCCCUACCAAUAAAGAUUCAUUGCAAUCCCUCAUCAGCCUUAUCUGUUCUCCUUCCUACUCCCUGGAUCUUUGUACAAAUACACACACACACACACACACACACACACAUGCACGCAAAUGCACACCCCUGUGAGACAAGAAGCUGCUCAUUCAGAAAUUCUAUGCAUUCCUAUGGCUUUCUACCAUAGGAGAUCUGGGGAAAGACCUCCAGAGGUGGCUAAGUUUCAUGAUUCCAUGGGAGAGUGGGAAAGGGAACGGAGAAAUGAAGCAGAUGGGCAAGGGGAAGAGACGAGGAGAGCUGGUCUUGUGGUCACAAGCAUGGGUCGUCCCCUUUGUUAAGCAGGGGCUGCCCUGGUCUGCAUUUGAAUGGGGGACGACAUGUGUAAGCACUGCAAGAUCUUCCCCCUGGGGGAUUUGGCCACUCUGGGGAGAGCAGAAGAACCCAAGUUCUCUCCCUGUAUCUUCUGCCUUCAACCUUGGAGAAGCCACUCCUUUUGUUCCAUAUUGCAGUUGGGGUGGAUGAUGGGAGCUGUAGUCCCACAAUGGCUGGCGGCCCUCAGCUUGGUCCCCCUUCUCUUUUGUCUGAAAGGACUCUGGUGCCUCAGCCUUACUUGAAUACAGCCUAAGCCUUGCAAAGAAGGGUGGGUGUCCCUCCUCAGGACCCCUUGUUCCAAGGAAGCCCUUGAUUUCUGGCCCCUUUCAGUUGCAUUCUGGGCUGCUCAGUCUCCUUUUAUGACAUUUGGGUCUUGUGCAGACAAACCAUUAAGCAGAGAAACACACACAACAAAAAAGCUGAACUUUUAAGUUCAACCUCCCAGGAAAAAGAACUCACUGUUUUGAGGCUAGAGCAAUCCUCAAAAUUUGACCGUGAAGACCCAACACAACCAUUGCAAACACAAAACCAGCUUGGAAAGGGAAGCAUGUCUGCCCUGGCUGCCAGCAGAGGGCGUUGCAGACCAAACCUUCUUCUCCAGGCCUUUCCUUUCCCACCAGGAGCCAAAGCAGCAGCUGGAGGCUUGGAUUGGGCUGGUGGGGAGCCCAUUUGGGGGGCUGGUUUGGCCCUGUGAGGGGAGCCUUUUCCAACUAGGUAGCAGGAGGGAGAAGUGACUGUGUGGAAUCCAGAGAGGAGGAAACGCUGGGUAGGACAGCACCAUCCUAACCAGCUUUCAUACCCAGCUUUGGACCAGAGUUGGAAGAAGAGCUGAUCUCCCCAGCGUUUCCUCCUCCAUGGAUUCCACACCAUCACUUCUCCCUCCUCCUCCCUGGCUGUUUCUUUCCACACCACCGAAAAGGGGGAGCACACCCAGCUCCCAGACCUAGGCAGGACACUUGUCUGACCCAGAUUUGGGUGGUGUGAAUGGCCUCCAGAUGCGAAGGAGGGCUUCCUUUCUGCAGAGGCAUUUCCAAGCAAGGGGCUGCAGGGUGUGUGAUUAGAGGGGGAAACCAUGUGGGGAGCAGGGAGGGCAGAAAGGGCUGACCCUGCCCUGGUGCUUGGGGACUGGGAGCUGCAUCCCAAGGCGGGAUUUCAAACCACAACAAGCCAGCGUGGCCAGUAGCGGAUCUGGUGACCUCACCGCAGUUAACGGAAUUCUGCAGGGAUUCCGCCGGAGGAGGCUCAUUGGCCAUCCUUGCCUUGGUCAGGAGAGACAGUUAGUUGGUCUUGUCCUCUUGCUUUCUUUUGCCGAAAUGGGUGGCUGCUUCGCCUGCUUCAGGCUUCCUGAAGAUCCGGAGAAGGAACAGACUGGUGAGUGGGGGACCAGCAUGGUGCAGGAUCCUUCUCAGGGCUUCUCCACAUCUCCACAGCAGCUCUCCUUGAGGAUCUCUUGCUCUGGACAAAGGAGCCCGAAGGGAAGAAGAAGGUUGUCUGAUGGAUGAGUGGCCGGAGGAGGACAGGCCACUGGCCUCCUAGGCACCUGACGGAGCCCACAGCCUUAUCAGGGGGGCCUCUGCCAGCCACCUAGGGAGGGAGGAGGGCCAUGGCCUUCAGGUCCUAGCCACACUUCCUUGUCCAAGGAAGAGACCUUUGCUUUGGAGUGGAUGCCGGUCAGAGCUUGGCCUAGGCAGCUGCGUUAUGUGGGCAUCGUGGCAGAGAGAGCCUCGAUCUAGCCCCCCCCCCCCUAUUUGUUUCUGUCACUGGCCCACCCAAAGAACUUCCCAGCUUGGCAAGGAGAGAGCGGAGGCCGUGGCCAUCAGGGCCCCGGGUCUUCCUCCGUCUCCUGAUCUCUGCUUCCUUCCCUCUCUUGCAGGAAAUCCUGAGAACCCAAGCCCCGUUCCCUCUGCUGCUUCCCCCACCUCCCCGCCCCACUCCCUACCACCCCAGCCAAGCCCCCCCUCCCUCCCCACCGCAGUCUCCCCCACCCUCCUCCUUCUCCCCACCCCAGAGACUGCGCCCCCAGACCUCUCCCAACCCAGCCCGGUGGAGCCCCCGGAGGACACCGUAUCCACCGUGUCGGAUGCCUGCCCAGGUCCCUCCACCAGCAGGGGGGCUCUGCAAGAGGACCUCCCUCAAGGCCCCGAUGCAGAGGCCUCGUCCCUCCAGCCUCCUCGCCCCAUUUUCGCGUGGUCCUCCUCCUCGGCCUCCACCGAAUAUCUCCGCCUCUCCGCCACCUGCUCCUUCUCCCCCUCCUGCCUCUCCCUGAAUCCCUCCGCUUCCCCUCCUCAAGGUUUUCACAAUGUGCAAGGGAAACUGGAGAACCUGAUGGCACUGCAGAACAAGCAGGUGGAGGACCGACAAGAAGAUCCGAUGAGCUUCCGCGCCCACCUCCAGCAUGUUGUGGUGAUGAAGAGGCAGCUGUAGCAACUGAGCACCAGGCUCGGCGAACUGGAAGAGAUGUUGCUAGUAAAUUAAUACGAUUUGUUGUUGUUGUUUUUGAAUGUAUUUAUUUCAUUGUCAAUUGUUUUCCAAAUCUAGUGUAAAAAACAUAAAUGCUGUGUUUGUUUUUAAAGAAGAGACA